UCCCGCCCCCACCCCUCUCCUCGUUUCUCGCCUCAUAUAUGGAAGCCUGUAUUUCUGAAUUCUGACUGUACCCUGAACCCACCACCAAACAUAGAAUUUCAGAUUUGUUUACUCUCCACUGCUUUCUCUCCCCACUCUAUUAUAUUCCAUGAAUUUUACAUCUUCUGUGACCUUUUUCCCCAGGUAACCAUCUUCUUCUUGCGAUUUAUGUCCUUAUACUGCAGCAGUUUCGCAUUGGUUUCCUGAUCGAUUCCCAUGUAGGCAUAUUUCCCUUGUUAUUAUCCGAACGACAUAAACCCUUCACCUUCUACGAUUGUUACGAAACCUUUGAAUUCAUUUCAUUGGCUCCUCCGACCGAGAUCCGAACUUGUUGGGCCAUUUUCCUUGCGGCUUCCCCCCUAUUUUUGAAGUUACUCGGACGUGUGAGAGCAUUGAUAUAUAAUUGGUUUCGAGGAAGCGAUAGGAGUUUUGUGAUAGGACAACGAAGAUAUAUUUUUAAAUAAUUAUCUAUGCGUUUUUGGAAUUCUGGGGGCGAUCGCUUAGAAUACAAGAAGGAUGGCGCUCCUGCCUUGUCGCGUGCUUUGCUUGACGAGUUGUUUUUCUCCAACGCGUUUCUUCUUGUUCAUUGGAUUUCACAACGAUUCCCAACUUGCGAUUACGUGGCCUUUGAAUAUAUAAAUACCUGCAGUAUACUGGUCUUCCUGUCAUCCGCCAUCACCCAGCCAAAGUCGAAGCUUCAUUUGAUUGCGCAGAGAUGAUGGAGAUAAUUCACCAGUCACAUAUCGAUCGGGAGCUUGAGUCCCUAAUAGAAAGAAUAUAUCCUCCCAGGGUGUGCAUUGAUAAUGACUCUUGCGAGGACUGCACCGUGGUGAAGGUCGAUAGUGCAAACAAAGAUGGAAUAUUAUUGGAAAUGGUGCAGGUGUUGACGGAUCUUGACCUGGUUAUCUCCAAAUCAUUCAUCUCUUCAGAUGGUGGAUGGUUUAUGGACGUGUUCCAUGUGACCGAUUCGUUCGGCAACAAACUCAUUGACGAGAGCCUCAUGCUCCACAUUCAAAAGGCUCUUUGUGCAAGUAGACGGGGAGAAAUAUCGAGAGAGAAACAAGCAAAUGGUUGGAAGGAGCAAGAAAACGUAGACGUGUGGGGGAAGAAGACGGCAGUAGAGUUGACUGGAACUGAUGGGCCGGGUUUACUGUCAGAAAUAUCAGCCGUACUCGUAGAAUUGAGCUGCAACGUCACCUCCGCCAUAGCCUGGACCCACAAUGACAGAGCGGCCUGCAUCAUCCAUGUGGAGGAUGCUUCCACAUCCGAGCCCAUCAGCGACCCAAUCAGAUUGGCCCACGUAGAGAGGCACUUAGAGUGCGUAUUGGAGGCCCACGGCGAGAAGAGGAGCGUGAGGCUCAACACCUUGUCCGCCGGGCGCACUCACACGGAGCGGCGGCUCCACCAGUUGAUGUACGCCGAUAGGGACUACCAGAGGUGUCGGGCGUGCGAGGGAGAGAGCGGAGGGGAGCACAAGAAGGGGUGCGAUGGGACCCACGUGUGGAUCGGGAGGUGCGAGGAGAGAGGAUAUUGGGUGGUGAACGUCCGGAGUAGGGAUCGCCCCAAGCUCUUGUUCGAUACCCUCUGCGUCCUCACCGACAUGAACUAUGUGGUGUUUCACGCCGCCAUUAGCUCCAUUGCCCCCAUGGCUCACCAGGAGUACUUCGUGAGACACAAGGCUAGUUCGACGCUGCUCAGAGAAAGUGAGAGGCAAAAGCUGACCUUAUGUCUGAUCGCUGCUGUAGAGCGCAGAGUCUCGCAUGGGUUGAGGAUUGACAUCAAGACCGGAAACAGAGUGGGGUUAAUGUGGGACGUGACUCGGGUGUUCCGAGAGAAUGGACUGUGGAUAUCAAGGGUAGAGAUCGGAACGAGAGGUGACAAAGCAGAAGGAUCAUUCUAUGUGACGGACUCAUCGGGCGAGGAGGUGAACCCAAAGAUAGUGGAGCUAGUGAGACGAGAGGCUGGGGGAUCCAUUGUUGCAGUUCACAAGUCGCCCUGUAGGAUGUCCAAAGCUUCAUCUUCCAAUUCACCGCGUGAGCAGAAGAGGGGAAUAGAGGCCGCCCACGGAUUCUCUAUUGGAAGCAUGAUUUGGUCUCAACUUGAACGCCUCUCCGGCGGUUUUGGAUCCAUCAGAUCCUCUUAACUUGCCUGCUUCCACCAUUCUCUGUAUAUAUCAGAAAGGAAACUAGCUUCUUCUCUUCUUUUCUUGACUAUUUUUAUCCUAGUUAAUUAUGUUUUACCUUCAAAAGGACAUUCUAUGAUAGAGCUCCGCAGAUUAUAUAUGGCCCGCACGAUGUUUUUGUUUCCA